GUUUUCAAUCUUUGGGAUCGUUCUGAAAGUAAGUUGCAACCUAUAAAACCCUCUCGUCUUCUCUGUACAAUAGAUAAGCCCUUCCCCCUCCCCCACUGCAAAACGAUGUCCAUGAUUCUCCGGGUCUUACCCGACAUAGCAAUUCGAUCCAGACACCUCUCAACUCAAUCCCUCCCACUGUUUCGCAUCAAUCGCAUAUUUCUCAAACCCCUUGUAACAAAAUCCUUCUCUUCUGUGUCUGCUUCUACAAUUGAACCGGUUGUGAGUAAUCCCCCCACAACCACCAAGGAACAACGACGGCAGUCUGUACCUGGAUCGAUUCACGAAACCGCCACUCUUGAAUGGGUCAGUCGGAACGGACUAUGCGGCGAAUUAUCCGAAAAUGAUGUGGGUAGACGGGUUAGAUUGUGUGGAUGGGUCGCACUUCAUCGGGGUCAUGGUGGGCUCACUUUCGUUAAUCUCAGGGACCAUUCUGGAAUCGUUCAGGUCACAACACUUCCUAAUGAAUUCCCGGAUGCUCAUUCUAUCGUGAAUGACUUGAGACUUGAGUAUGUUGUUGCUAUAGAAGGUGUUGUUCGACCCCGACCAAGUGAAUCGGUUAACAAAAACAUGAAGACUGGCAUGAUUGAGGUCACUGCUGAGCAAGUCCAAGUCUUGAAUGCUGUGAAAGCUAAGUUGCCAUUCUUGGUUACUAGUUCAGACGAUGCCAAAGAUUCUAUCAAAGAGGAAAUUCGCCUGAAAUAUCGUUGUCUUGAUUUACGUCGACCAGAAGUGAGUUCCAACAUAAUGUUGAGGCAUAAAGUGGUGAAGCUCAUAACAAGAUAUCUAGAAGAUGAUCAUGGUUUUGUGAAUAUUGAGACUCCAAUACUCUCUAGAUCAACUCCUGAAGGUGCUCGUGAUUAUUUAGUUCCAUCAAGAGUUCAGCCAGGAACAUUCUAUGCUUUGCCUCAAAGUCCACAACUCUUCAAACAGAUGCUAAUGGUGUCUGGUUUUGAUAAAUACUAUCAAAUAGCAAAAUGUUUUAGGGAUGAAGAUUUAAGGGCAGAUAGACAACCUGAAUUCACACAAUUAGAUAUGGAAUUGGCUUUCACUCCUCUUGAAAACAUGCUAAGCCUCAAUGAAGAUUUGAUUCGAAAGGUUUUUCUAGAUAUCAAAGGUGUUGAGUUACCAAAUCCAUUCCCAAGGCUUACAUAUGCAGAAGCAAUGAGUCGAUAUGGUUCAGAUAGGCCAGAUACCCGUUUUGCCCUUGAACUCAAAGAUGUAUCCGAUAUUUUCUCAGAUUCCUCCUUCAAAGUCUUCUCAAAUGUCUUGAGUAAUGGAGGAAUCAUCAAAGUGUUAUGUGUACCUUCAGGUGCAAAGUCUUUUUCCAAUACUACCCUCAAAAAAGGUGAAAUUUUAAGUGAAGCAAUCAAAUCUGGGGCAAAGGGUUUGCCUUUCUUGAAGAUAAUGGAAGAUGGUAAACUUGAAGGGGUUCCUGCUUUGACAUCAAGUUUGGAUCCCACAAAGAAAGAUUUGUUUUUGAAAAGAUGCGAGGCGGGUCCCGGUGACCUUAUUUUGUUUGCAGUGGGUCCCACUUCAUCGGUCAACAAAACCCUUGACCGGUUAAGAAUGUAUGUAGCCAAUUUGUUGGGCUUGGUUGACCAUACGAAGCAUUCGAUCUUAUGGGUAACGGAUUUUCCAAUGUUUGAAUGGAAUGAAUCCGAGGAGAGGCUUGAGGCACUUCAUCAUCCAUUUACUGCUCCGAACCCUGAAGACAUGGAGGAUCUUGCUUCUGCUCGUGCCUUGGCUUAUGACAUGGUCUACAAUGGUGUCGAGAUUGGUGGAGGAAGUUUGAGAAUAUAUAGACGCGAUGUCCAACAAAAGGUUUUUGAGAUCAUUGGCAUUUCCCCUGAACAAGCUGAAGCCAAAUUUGGGUAUCUUCUUGAGGCUUUGGACAUGGGUGCUCCUCCACAUGGAGGAAUUGCUUAUGGGUUGGAUCGGUUGGUGAUGUUAUUGAGUGGGAGUAGUUCAAUUAGGGAUGUGAUCGCUUUCCCUAAAACCACAACUGCUCAAUGUGCUCUUACGCGUUCCCCUUCAGAAGUUGAUCCUCAACAACUUAAAGAUCUUUCUUAUCAUGUGCAAUAGACAUAUGCAAUUUUUGAUCUUUUUUUGGAAAAUGCAAUUUUUUUGGUUUGUAGUAGUCAUGUGAAUCGAAACUUGAGAUCGAUGUUUAUUUA